GAAAUCAUACCUUCCUCGACCUCACCGGUCGUUAUCAGUGGGUCUAGUCUCUCGGAGGAGGAUGAGGAAGAAGAAGAAGAGGAAGCUGAUGGUGAUGAUGCUGAUGAAGAGGAAGACGAGGAUGAGGAGAAGCAGCAGCAGAAACACAUCGGCAGAACUGGGAAAGGCCUCGGAGAUGAGAGGGAGACUGAGGGGGUCGGUGCUUUUACAACUUCCGAGAAGGGGUCACACCUUGCGACGACGACGACGACGGCUGCUGUCUCAGCAGUACGCUGGCUUCCACGCUUCAAGCUGCCCCCAACGUCCUUUUCUGUCGCCUCCGUCGUCUUCUUCGAUACAGCAGCGCACAGCCAGAUGCCGUCUCAACAGCAACAACAGCAGCAGGAUUCAGCCAAUGAUAGUGGCCCUGCGAAUAGCUAUAUGACCUUGUCCAUCUUCAUACUGCUUACCGACAAGCAGAAGUGCUAUCCUCGAACAAGACUCAGCUCGCUGCCGGAAGGCCUGCCUUCAAAGCACACUGCUCCAGUUCAUUGGCCAGCCAUUCGACCCUCCUUCAGUUUCCAUUCGGAUAUGAACCUGAUCCCAGUCCUCCACCGCUCCGGCAGUCAGGAAUGUGCCAAAUCCAUUAUCAAUGACCUGGACGCCAAAUUCUCCACUCUUAUGAUGCCGCGCAUUCGACACACCUCUCUGAUGAUUCGCAGCAAACAGGAAACUGCUGAAAUCGAGCAUCAACUGCAACGCUACAGCCUCAAUCUCAAGGAUGUCAGUGGGAAGCAGCCCACCCUGGCAGAUCCCGGUUUGCGCUGGAAGAUCUCCUACCUCGGUGUUUGGCCCUCACACCAGAUUAACCUCAACAGGGCGUUCACGCGAAUCUCCAAUUCCUGGCGCAAGGCCAUCCCCGAGAUUGUCAAUCUGGCCAUACUGAAUUGUCAUAAAAAUUUCCUCUGGUAUCGCCUCUUCGAUCCGAAGUACUUCCCGCUGCAGUGCUGCUUUGAGACGCGUGACCUAGAGCAGGGAGAGGACAUUGUGGCUUCACAGUCGAGCGUCAAGCCGCUUCAGACAAACGUCCAUCGGGGUUUGACUUUGGAGGAAUUCAAGGUGAGUUAG